CUCCGUCGUGUUUUUCAUUCCACGAAAUCUGAAUUUUUCUUGCAUUAAAAAAAUAUUAAAAUACUGUGGUAAAUUCACAUAAAAUCAAUUAAGAUGGCAUCAAAAAUGAUAACAACAGACGAUGGGACUUCAAUGACGAUUCCAGAAAUGCUGAAAAGUAUCGAAAGAUACAAUCCAAAGCAUUUCCCAUUCUUGGAAAAGUAUGUUCAGGAACAAGCAAAAGAAAAUACAUACGACCUUGAUGCAAAUCUUGCUGUUUUGAAGUUUUAUCAGUUUAAUCCACAUAUGCUGAAUAUGCAAAUAACACAAUUGAUCAUGAUUAAAGCCAUUACAAACCUUCCAUUUAGUGAUUUUGUGCUCUGCAAAUACCUCUUACUUCCCGUUCAAAUGAGAGAUGAUACGAUCAAGGAAAUUAUUUAUAUUGCUGAUAUUUUGGAGCAGUGCGAUUUUGUGCUGUUUUGGCAACAUGUUCAGAACAAGGAUAAGGCUGAAUUGUUUGAAAAGAUUACUGGAUUCUAUGAUUCAGUGAGGAAGUUCGUAUGCCAUGUUGUAGGAACAACUUUUCAGACUAUUGAUAAGGUGUACUUGUCAAGACUACUCGGAAAUGUUGACGAUAAGCAGCUAGCACAAUGGGUAAAGAAGAACACUUGGACAUUGCAAGGAGAUUUAGUGACUAUUAUUAAGCAAGAGGAAACGAUCAAAACAAAACACAUUUCAGAGAAGAUUGAUUUUGAAAGUCUCGGCGGUGUAAUUGCAAAUUGCUUGUAAUUUAAUCAUAUUCAUGCAUACAUACUUUUUUUUGUGAAAUAAACUUAUCUCAUUAACUCCA